AUGGUUACGGAAGCUUGCGGAUUCUGGGCACAUUCCGCGGCAGUUGAUAUUGGAAAUGACACUAUCAAUGAUAAAGAUGGAGUUACUAUGGGCGAAGAUGGAAAGUUUAGAUAUAAAGAUGAAUGUAAUGAUGUUGUAACAAUUGAGCAAGCGGUGCAGAAUAAUGGUUACAAGGCUUACAUUCACAGGGUACAAAAGGCGACAGUGACAAAAAUUAAGCAUCACAGCAUCGACCAAAAGGGAUUUGAAAGUAUUGAAAAUAGGUCCUACAAAGACGUAAUUGUAUAUUAUCUGGGUUAUGAUUAUGGAAACUUAUUUCCUCUACUGGUUGGACUUAAGAGGAGACUAUCUGGCCAUUAUUACUAUUACAAAAAGAGUAGCUAUGAUAUGUCCUCAGUAGAGUGGAAAGAGGCAGGGAGUAAUGUAAUACAGGAACUCAGUUAUAUAUCCAAAGUCAUUAAAGAUCUUAUCCUUCUCAAGUUAGAUGCGAUAAACGGCGAGAGUUAUGGAGUUGAUGGUACGAGUAAUUCAGCCAUAAAUACAGAUGUUAAGAUAACUGUUUCUGUACAAAACAAUUAUAAACCUGGCUACGAUCAAUACACUCACGCUAUUGUAGGAAGUGGACCUAUGAGGAUACUUGGAACAAAACAUAAGGAUACAUACAAACCAUUCAAAGACUCUGCACUUGGUACUACGUAUGAGAGUGCCUCAAUUUACUAUUCCAGCCUAGAUAACCACCUCAGUGAACCCCUUAUUCUUCAGCUUGGGGAUAGUAUAUUGUACAGACUAGAUGGUGAGAAGUGGGUUAAAGAUGCUCAAAUGACCUUUGAUACUCUGGAGAAAAAUCUGAAACUUUUGAGUUGUGCACAUAUCAUAGACAUUUCCAAAAGUAUCCCAUACAAGUGCACAUCCAGUUAUUGCAAACGGGAAAUUCAAGUAGACAGGGUUCUGGAUAAAUCUCACAACUUCACCCUGUACAAACAUCAUCUUAUGGAUUCCGAACCAUUCUCAAUCUCCUCUUUUGUUAGUGAUGUUGCGCAUCAAGUUGGACUUCCACCUGUUUGGAAUAUCAAAUGCAUUUGCGUUUAUCAAUAUUCACAGACUGGGGAACCGAUCCUUAUUUGCUUUUCAUCCGGAACGCACCAAUGGUACAGGAAAUCUGGAGAGAAUGAGUGGUCUAUGGAAGACGGUCUAGUAGGCCACUCUGACCCAAAAGACAUUUCAAAUAGGCUAAAGGAAAUUUAUAAUGGCUUGAAUGAGGUGGUAGAACCAGAAUCCGGGGCUUCGGAAAGAAUUGAGGAGAAUACACCAAAAGCUGAAUCCCAAGACGAUGAAAUGCCUACCGUAGACGAGAAACCUUACCAACGCCCAAAUACUGGAGCACAUAUACCUACAGCUUCUGUAGUCAUGGGUAUAGUCGGAAUGUGCGUUGGAACCGCUAUAGUAGUCGACAUUUACAAUUACCAUCACCACCCGCACCUAAGCUUAAUAUCACGCACACUCAGGAUUACCUAA